GCGCUCCCUUCCGAAAGGCCUCCUCCCUCCACUUCCUCCUCUCCCUCUCUUCCCUCCUGUAUUUCUCUGUUUCCUAGGUUUUCCUUCUUCUUCCGCUUCCCUUUCUAGGCUUCCAGAUUCCGGCAUGGCGCCGUCGAGGCUUCUGGAUCGGUGGAGCGAGCUCAUAAUGAAUGCGGUAGGGGAGGAGGGACGGAGAGGUUACAGGGAAGGGAGAAACUGGUGGGACGAGAUCGACGACUCCAGGGAGUGGCAGGAUGGCAUAUUCUUCGCCCUCACCGUUGCUUACGCCCUCGUCUCCCUCGUCGCUCUGGUGCAGCUUUUUCGGAUUCAAGUGAGGGUUCCAGAAUAUGGAUGGACAACACAAAAGGUUUUUCACCUGAUGAAUUUUGCUGUGAAUGGAAUGCGUGCUAUUCUUUUUGGUCUCCACAGAAAUGUCUUUGUAGUCAAGCCAAAGGUUCUCGAGAUGGCUCUUCUAGACAUUCCAUCACUUCUGUUUUUCUCAACAUAUACAUUACUUGUACUAUUUUGGGCAGAAAUAUAUUACCAGGCAAGGGGCCUUCCAAUAGACGGACUCAGACCGGCCUAUUUAAUUUUUAAUGGACUUAUGUAUGUUCUGCAGGUUUCCAUAUGGAUAUAUGUGCAACUAAGUCAAAAGGCCUUUGCGAUUGAAGUGGCAAAACUAUUCUUUGCAGUUGUUUCUUUCUUUGCUGCCCUCGGAUUUGUCAUAUAUGGUGGAAGGUUGUUUAUCAUGCUGAGGCGCUUCCCAAUUGAAUCCAAAGGACGUCGAAAGAAGCUCAAUGAGGUUGGUAUGGUGACAAGCAUAUGUUGCACAUGUUUUCUGAUAAGAUGUUUUGUGGUUGCGCUUUCUGCAUUUGAUAAAGAGGCUGAACUUGAUGUGCUUAACCAUCCCAUCCUCAAUUUGGUCUAUUAUACGUUAGUGGAGAUCCUUCCAUCUGCUCUAGUUCUUUUCAUCCUAAGGAAGCUGCCACCAAAACGUGUUUCUGAUCGAUAUCAUCCUAUCAACUGAAACAUGGUCUUAAGGGGGGAGUGAUCUUAUCCUGGUUCUGCGUAAUCUGUGCUUUCGCACCUGAAUGCAUCAUUCAGGUUAAGAAAAAGGGGGCAAAGGUUUGAGCUGAUAUUACAAGUCAAAACGAAUUCUUCGAGUUAUUGCAUUGAUAAUAAGAAUCCGUAUUAUUUAUAAAAUUGGUGAUUCUUGGCCUGGUUUC